CGUAUAUAAGAGCCCUUGUCUCUACGAUGUGGACAUUAUAUAUAUACUCACGACGAUGUUUACUGUAACGGUAGGUGCAGUUUGAAUGUAUUUUAUGUAAACAAUUUUUGGAAUGAUGACAAGUUUAUUUUAAAAGCAAAAAUCAAUCUAUUUGUCUACAUUACCAAUUGAAACAGUAAUUCGCGGACAAGGAUUUUUUUUACUAUAUUACUCGACAGCUGCACCCUCCAAAUAGGAACUAUGGACAUAUUUAUUUGUCUUUAAAAUAGAUAACCCAAUUGACAAAUAUUUAUAUCUUCCGCUAAAGCUUGUAUAUAAGAAAAUUCACAAACUAGCUUUUUAUAAAUUAUUUGUCAAUGGGAAUUGAAGUUAGUAAACCCCAUGAGGCUCAAUACUGAUCUUGAAGUAAUAAAAGAAAAUACCUUUGCUGAAAGGGUACUCAGGUCAAGCUCUUUUUCAUUAGCGAAGCCAUGUUGUGAGUAUGCAUCUCAUAUGUAAAUUCUUUUGACCAUCACAUUGGGAUGGUCAAAGAAGGAGCUUAUUGUGAGUUUGCUAACGUGCUCUAGAAGCACCUAUAACUGCCAUAGAACUCAAGACUGGCUCAUACUCAUGUCAAAUCUUAUUGUGAAAGACUUUUUUAGAAAUAUAAUUAUUAUAAAAAAAUGUGUUUCAUUUGACAUGGAGCACAGACUCGUAUCCUUUCAGCAAAAUGGCUCUGUUAUUACCAUAAGUGUUUUUUGAACUGUUUUUGCAUGUUGCAUGUUUGCUUUGAGGUUUUGGAGUCUGUGCUUUCAUUUUGCUCUACUCUCCUACCUUAAUUUUACGUACAAAGUCGAGUUACCUACUUCUUUCUUUUAUACACACUACUGAGCCUUUGCUGCAUUAAAGACUUACUUGACGGUCAAGUAUAACGUUUAAUGUAUUUAGGUUCACGUCAUCAAACACCUGACACUAGCGAUGAACGCAUAAGAGAUUUGCCUCCCCGACAGUUUGGUCCUCCAAGAGGUCAUCAAAGACCGGGACUUAGACGUGAUAAUCGUAAGGACGAUAGGCGUAGAACUACCGAUGAAGAAGAUACAGUGUUGGAUAGUCAAGAAGUUUCUAGUGUAGAUCGCGACUCCGUGUCCAGUGCAGAAGCUAUGUCUUCGACAGGUAGCCGGAGCAAUCGUAGACGUAGACGUCAAACAAGGCAGCGUAGUCGUACUCCUUCGGUAUUUGCUAAUGACAACCCUGUUAACAAUGGUCAUCCUGCGGGAGGUUCAGGAGAUCAGCAAACAAACAUACCUCCAAUGCCGGGCACAGAAUCAAAACAACAGCAACCUAAAACACGGCCGAACAAACCACCGCCGGCGUCUCGUCGUAACGAUCCUAAACCUAAGGAAACACUCGUAAAUGGUACAACUGCUUAAAGUUGCUACGUACUGUGCCAAAGUAUUAUGAAGGUUGUAUUACUAAUUACCAGUGUGUGCUUCAAAUGUAAGCAGGAACUUCAUAAAAUAAGUUCUCCCCCCCCCCCCCCCUCAUCUUGUUGAUGUUGUGUUUCAUAUCCUUUCUUCAGCAUAGUAUAAUAAAUAGAGGGCGGACGGCUGCCCUGCUCCUGGCCGAAACAAAGUGACUGUUGGGUUCUGUGAACCAUGAGUCCACCAUGUUGGUUUAGACUGUUUUUGAUGUGUGUGGCUUAAAUUGCGCAUCUUCUCAUUAUUCAAACAGAAGCGGAUACUGUUUUAUUUCAUAAAUAAUGUGUGGUUUA